AUGCCUGUCAUCUCCAGAAUCGCCUCCAUGGCCUUGCGGGUUGCUGAGCUCGUCUUUGCCGCCGUUGUCAUUGGCAACAUCAGCAGCUACCUUCAUCAACGUCAACGAGGUAGCAACUUGCCUCUGGCUCGUUUCAUCUACGUCGACAUCAUCGCCGGUCUCUCCAUCCUCCUUGCACUCCUCUGGCUCCUGCCAUUCGCAAGCGGCUUCUUCCACUGGCCAAUCGACCUUCUCCUCUCUCUCGCCUGGUUUGCGGCAUUCGCCAUCUUGAUCAACUGGAUCAGCAAUCACUCAACUUGUGGUGGAAACACUCUUGGCUUCACUGGAACAAGCACUGGUACCAGCACUGGUACCAGCGGUGGUCUUGGUUGUGGUCGCUGGAGAGCAGCCGAGUCAUUCUCGUUCUUGUCGGCCAUGUUCUGGUUGAUCAGCGCUCUCCUCGGCCUCUGGUUCAUUCAUCGCGAGCGAAGCAAGCGAGUCCGAGCCGAUGGAGCCCGCGCUGACGUCGCAGUUUAA